UUCACGACCCACUAGGCAGGCCCUCCGACGACCACCUACGACUUCGGACGCCUUCGCCCCAGAAUUCUCCAGCUCUCAAGAUGGCCCAGGACCAGAGGCCGCCCCUCCCGUCUCUCUCUUCCCAGACCUCCUUCGCGGAGUCGCUCAAUGACCCGUUUUCCGACCGCCAGCGCGCGAUCAACUUUGCCGAGCCUCAACUUCCCAAUCCGAGCCUCACAUCUCUCCCCAAUGAAUUUGGGAAGCUCGGCGAGUACGAUGAGGAGGAGUCCGAGAAGCUCCCUUUGACCUCUGGAGAUACGGGCUACCCACCUUUCGACCCUAACUCGUAUGGCGAUCCAUAUGGCGGCAGUCGCCCCAUUUCAGUUGCUUCGUCCUCGUCUGCGGGUGUCGAGUCGCAAUGGAGGCGCCGUCAGACGAUCAAGCGCGGUGUUACCCGCAAAGUCAAGCUAACGAAGGGUAACUUCAUCACCGAAUACCCCGUGCCCUCUCCCGUGUUCAGCGCCAUCGAGCCCAAAUGGCAGCAGAGUAACACGACGGAAUUCUCCCACAUGCGGUACACCGCUGCUACGUGCGAUCCCGAUGACUUCAACAUGGCCAAUGGGUACAGCUUACGGACGAAGAUGUACAACCGUCAAACCGAGCUUCUGAUCGCGGUCACCUCCUACAACGAAGACAAGACCUUGUAUGCGCGGACACUCCAUGGUGUCAUGCUGAACAUCCGCGACAUCUGCAAGACCAAGCAGUCUAAGUACUGGCGCCGCACUGCUGAGGAGGGCGUUCCUGGGUGGCAGAAGAUCACUGUUGCCCUCAUCGUGGAUGGUCUGGAACCAAUGGACAAGACUGUCUUGGACAUCCUCGCGACAGUCGGUGUCUACCAGGAUGGUGUCAUGAAGAAGCAAGUAGAUGGCAAGGACACGGUCGCCCACAUCUUCGAGUACACGACCCAGCUUUCCGUCGACGCAACACCUCAGCUCGUGGUGCCCCAUGGUGAAGACCCCAACAACCUGGUGCCUGUCCAGAUUAUCCUGGUCAUCAAGGCGAAGAAUCAGAAAAAGAUUAACUCUCACCGAUGGUUGUUCAACGCCAUCGGCCACAUGCUGGAACCGGAAAUAUGCGUCCUUAUCGAUGCAGGUACCAAGCCGGCACGCAAGUCCAUCUACUACCUCUGGGAGGCCUUUUACAACGACCCGCACCUCGGCGGAUGCUGUGGUGAGAUCCACGCCAUGAUUGAGGGUGGUCGCAAGCUCCUCAAUCCCCUUGUCGCUGCGCAAAACUUCGAGUACAAGAUGUCAAACAUCCUCGACAAGCCGCUCGAGAGUAGCUUCGGAUACGUGUCCGUGCUGCCCGGUGCGUUCUCAGCGUAUCGCUACCGCGCCAUCCUUGGUCGCCCGCUCGAGCAGUAUUUCCACGGAGAUCACUCGCUCGCGGACCGUUUGGGUCCCAAGGGUAUCUACGGCAUGAACAUCUUCACGAAGAACAUGUUCUUGGCCGAAGAUCGUAUUCUCUGUUUCGAGCUCGUCGCUAAGGCGAACGACCGCUGGACAUUGACAUACGUCAAGCCGAGUAAGGCUGAGACCGAUGUGCCCGAGUCCGCUGCUGAGCUUAUUGGCCAACGUCGUCGUUGGCUGAACGGUUCGUUCGCGGCGUCAGUGUACGCCGUCAUCAACUUUUUCAACCUCUACCGCUCGGGUCAUGGCAUCAUUCGAAUGUUCUUCUUCCAUAUCCAAGCAUUGUACAACGUCUUCACAUUGAUAUUCUCGUGGUUCGCUCUCGCAAACAUUUGGCUCACAUUCAGCAUCAUCAUCGACCUUCUACCGGGUCAGGGAAUCAACAUUUUUGUCACGGAAACUGCUACUUACUAUGUGAAUUUCGCGCUCAAAAUGAUAUACCUCGCUUUCCUGGCACUCCAAUUCAUCCUUGCGUUGGGUAACAGACCAAAGGGAGAACGCAUGACCUACAAUAUCACUUUCUGGGUGUACGGUGUCUUGUCGUUGUAUCUCUUGGUCUGCUCGUUCUGGUUGACUAUAGUCGCCUUCAAGACCAUCCCCAAGCAGCUGGCAGGCCUCUCCACCGCAAAGCUGGUCGCGAAGUUCUUCGAACCUCCACUUGGAGCUUUGAUUGCUGCUCUACUUUCGACAUUCGGUAUCUGGCUGAUAGCGUGUCUGCUCUACCGUGACCCUUGGCAUUUGUUAUCCUCAAUGCCCCAGUACCUCUUGUUAGCGCCCAGCUUCACCAAUAUCCUCAACGUGUACGCGUUCUGCAACUUGCACGAUGUCUCUUGGGGCACCAAGGGCUCGGACAAGGCCGAGGCGCUCCCGUCUGUCUCGUCCAAGAAGACGAAGGACGCCGACGUCGUCGUCGAAGACACGGCCCGCAACAAGGAGGACCUCGACGCGACGUUCAAGGAGACUGUCACCCGUGCGCUCACCAAGGUCGAGACCAAGGAGGUAGUUGAGAAGCCAACGAUGGACGACGAGAACAAGACGUUCCGUACCCGCCUCGUCGGUUUCUGGAUGCUGUCAAACGCUGCGCUCGCCGUCGCCAUCGAGAGCCUGGACGGCAUCAGCACGGGCAGCGAGCAGGUGGACCAGGCGAAGCUCCAGCACAAGCAGAACACCUACUUCGCCUUCAUCCUCUACUCCACCUUUGGUCUGUCGCUCGUCAAGUUCUGCGGAUGCCUCUACUACUGGUUCAGGAGGAACCUCUUCCGCUGCUGCCGCAGGAACUAAGCCGCAGAUCUCAUUUUCGUCUGACGUUCGUGGCUCGCUGUCGUAGACGGACUUGAAAGUUGCUGUCUUUGCUGGGUCGUUCUCCUAGUUGUCGUUGUCUCAUCCGUAACCCCCAUCCCAUACCUGGAAUCGCCGUGGACACUUUCUCGUGCUGUAGGCCCGUCCGACGUAGUUUCUCUCGCCACUCCCUCAUACAACAAACCGUCAUAUGAUAAUGCCCGACCCCUUACGCUUUCGUUUAACGUUUCCUCGGUCGUAGUGUACAUUUCCCAGGGACGUUCGCU